AUGUCGGCUAACUGUCGGCGUCUAGCUGACGCUGCUCUGCACUUGCCGGUAUGGCCACCACAUGCCUCGACCUGGAUGUCGCUGCACGACCAGUCUGACCGCCGUGAAAUUCUGAAACGUUCGAUGCUAAUAGAUCAAACUCCAAUUCGGAACUUUGCCAAGAUGAUAGGACAGGAGAUCGAGAUGGGCGAUGGGACCGGACCUGGCAAGCCCGAGUUACCGGAGAGGCCCCAGAAGGGCAGGCCCACUGGCAGUGGAGAGAAGCGGGAAGUGCAGCUGCGCAGCUGUGUCGUUCAGGGAUGGUCGCGGCGUAACGGGGAUCGUUGGCAGGUCCGCGAUGGACACGCCCAUGUCGCCGACUUCGCAGGAUGCGGAUAUCUUCCAGACCCAGCUGAGGCCGAAGACAUGUAUGUUGCUUCCAUGCCACAUCAGGGAGGGGUGAAGGAUUUGAAGGCUAUUGCGUGUGCCAGGCUGGUCCGGGAGCAGACCGCCAACUGCAUCAAGGACCUAAAUGCCUUGAGGGCGGAGGUGAUGACGUUGAAGUCGGACCAAGAGUCUCAGCGGCUCAGCCAGGGGGCUGCGGUGAGCAGCCUGGAGGGCAAGCAGCUUGAAACCAAGAACCAGCUGGAACGAGAGAUGCGCUAUCGAGACACCGCCUUCCAGCAGCAGGUGCAGAAGGUGUCGGAGUUGGAGCAGGACAUGCCAUCGCUGCACGAGCAGAUUAGCUACAUGAAGGAGCAGCUCCGCGUCCUGGAGACAGCCUGGCAUCCUCACAUCGAGGAGAUCCAGGCAUCACACUUGAAGCACGUGGAGAAACUGGCGAAGCUGGAGCAGAAGACUGCAGAGCUCGACGGGAGCUUCGCCGUGCACGCUGGUCGACACAAGGAGCUCGAGGUGCAUCAGCAUGCUCUUCGCCAGCAUCUCGAAGACGAGAAGGCUACCCGCGACCACACUAUUCAGGACCUGCAUGCGAAGCUGUCGCGGCAUGGUGAGCAGCACUCGACUGUGCAGGAUCGCGUGGACUACCUCGAAAGGCUCAUGGGCGGCUCUGCGGAUCGGCAAGCGAAGGGCCACAUGCCCUUCACAGAUCGCAUGGAGUACCUGGAGCAAUUCAUGGGCGACUCCUUGGGGAAGCACGAAAAGGAGCUGGCGGCCACGGCGGCCAAGGUCGGAGACCAUGCCGACAAGCAUGGAAAGGCCUUGGCAGAGCUGCAGGCGAAAAUCACGAGCGACACCAAGUCCAGCCAUGCGUCGCUUGCGGAGCGACUGCAGUACGUCGAGCAGCUGCUCGGUGACUCCGUGAGCAAACAUGCUCAGGAGCUUGAGAGCGCAAAGGCCAAGUUGGAAGAAAUGCACGUGCGAGUCUCCGGCUGCGAGGCCCACGGCGACUCCUUGAAGAUGGACCACAACGGCAGCAAGGCCCGGCUCGAGGAGCACCACGCGACGCUGCAGCAACGUUUGGACUUCUUGGAGAAGGCCAUGGGUGACUCCUUCGAGAAGCACGAUAAGGCCGUGCUUCACCGCUCAUCUUCGCCUGCGCUUCUAGUCAGCCUUGCCCAUGGUGCCUCGCUGGAGACACUGAAGAAGGCCCACAGCAAUCUGCAAAGUGAGAAGCAAGCGCUGGAGCAGAACCACGCCAACCUGGUUGAUCGCGUGGAGAAGGUCCACAAUGCGCUCACCAGUCAGAAGGCGCAGCAGGAUGUCACCCAUGCAUCCUUGAGGGAGCGGGUGGAGUUCCUGGAGUCCACCAUGGGCGACAACGCCGACAAACACAGCAAGGCACUGGCAGAUCUCCACUCGAAGAUGGCCAGCGAUGCGAAGUCGAACCAUGCUUCGGUCUCCGAGCGUUUGGCCUACGUGGAGCAGAUGCUCGGCGACUCUGCGAGCAAGCACGCGAAGGCGCUUGCGGCGCUUGCUCUCAGUGAUCCAAAAAGCGGGGACGGCGAAGCCUUUUGGGGGAUGCUGGGCUUCAUGCAGGAGCUGGCAGAUGCAAGGGCCAAGCUGGACGACAUGCAUGCGCGAGUUUCCGGCUGCGAGGCGCACGGCGAGCACAUCGAUGCUCUCAAGAAGUCUCACAGCACCAUUCACAGCACCGUCACUGGCAGCAAGGCAAAGCUCGAUGAAAAGCUCGAGGAGCACCAUGCCUCUCUAAGCCAACGCAUGGACUUCUUGGAGAAGGCCAUGGGUGAUUCCUUCGACAAGCACGCCAAGGAGCUGGCAGCUACCGCAGCGAAGGUGGAUGCUGCGCAUAGCCGAGUCUCGGACGAGCGCAUCGCGCGGGAGGCUCAUGCGGCUUCGUUGGAGACCCUGAAGAAGGCCCAUGGCAGUCUUUUAAGUGAGAAGCAGAUGCUUGACAAGAACCACCAAGCUUUAGCAGAGGGCCUUGACAAGGUGCAAGGCACGCUCAGCAGCCAGAAGGCUCAGCAGGAUGUCACGCAUGCGUCUCUGAGGGAACGCGUGGAGUUCCUGGAGUCUUCGCUUGGGGAUAAUGCCGACAAGCAUGGCAAGGCGCUUGCCGAGCUCAAAGCUUCUCAUGCCAAGAUCCUCAGCGGCAAGGACAGCCUCCGAGUUUUGUUGUCAGAGCGACUGCAGUACGUCGAGCAGACGAUUGGCGACUCCUUGGCCAAGCAUGCCCAGGAGCUGGCGGAUGCCCGGGCUAAGCUGGGCGACAUGCAUGCGCGAGUGUCGCAGUGCGAGGUCCACGGAGAGCACAUCGACUCGCUGAAGAAGUCGCAUGCGACGAUGUCCGGCAACAAGGCCAAGCUGGAAGAGAAGCUCGAGGAGCAUCACGCCACGCUCAACGAGCGCGUGAACGCCCUGGAGAAGGAGCUCGCUUCGACUGGGGCCAAGGUGGACGCUGCGCACAGCCGGGUUACCGACGAGCGCACCGCCCGCGAGGCUCACGCCGCCUCGUUGGACACGCUGCACAAGGCUCAUAACAGUCUGCAAAGCCAAAAAGCACAGCAGGAUGCCGUCCACGCAUCGCUGAGGGAGCGAGUGGAAUUCCUUGAAUCUUCCAUCGGAGACAAUGCGGACAAGCACGGCAAGGCGUUGGCCGAGCUUCGAGCAUCGCACGCGAAGCUUGUCACCGAUUCCAAGAGCAAGGAGACAGCCCACUCGUCGUUCCUUGGCAAAGACACGCAGAGGUUGACCGAGCGACUCCAGUACAUCGAGCAGUUGCUGGGCGACUCUGCUUCCAAGCACGCCCAGGAGCUGGCAGAUGCCAGAGCAAAGCUGGACGACAUGCAUGCUCGCGUUUCCAAGUGUGAGGUGCAGGGAGAGCAAGUCGACUCGCUGAAGAAGGCCCAGAACACCAUGGCCGGUGGCAAGGCCGCACUGGAAGAGCACCACGCCUCCCUGGCCGAACGAGUCGGCUACCUGGAGAAGGCGCUGGGCGACUCUGCCGACCGACACAGUGCGGAGUUGGCCACCACUAGAAGCAAGGUGGAAUCGCUGCACAGCCGGCUGGGAGUGGAACAGCAGGAGCAAAGCCAGAAUCGUGCCAAACACUACUCGCUGGAGGAGAGGCUGAAUUUCUUGGAGACUUACCUGGGUGAGUCCAAGGAGAAGCACGGCUCCAGCGCCGACAGCCGGCUCGAAGGGAAGCUGGAGGACCUGCGAACCCAGAUCCACUCGGAGCGCAGCACGCGCACGCGCCAGGGCGAAGCCAUCAGCGAGCACUUGGAGAGCGAGAAGCGGGCCAGGGAGGCGCUCGAGGAGGCCGUCGCCCACCACAUGGCCAACCACAGGCAGACGAUGGAGGCCUUGGAAUCGCACGAGAAGCGCGUGCAAGAGCAGUUUGGUCACGAGCGGAUGGCUCGUGAGCGCCAUGUGGAGCACGUAGAGGCGCUGGUGAAGCAGGAGAAGGACGCGAGGGGCCAGCACCACGAGAUCCACACGGACCUGAUCAGCAAAGAGAGGGCUGCCAGGCAACAGAUAGAGGACCUGGGACGCGUGUGGCUUUGGUUCGAGCUCCUUCAGAAGGAGACCCACGAGCGAAGCCGGCACCACGAGACCAUCGGCGAACGGGUGGAUUCGCUGCAGCGAACGGUGGGAAUCUUCGACACUUUGAUGCGCAAGGAGAUCGAAGAGAGGGGACUGGAGAUGCAGCGUGUCUGGGAGGCCGUCGACGGCCACACUCAUGACCUCUCAUCGAAGAUGAAGGAAGGAAGUGACGUGGAAGAGAUUGGCGAGGUCGACGGAACGGAGAUCCGCUUCAGGCCGAACCGCUCCCGCUCCGGUCCCUCCCUGCCCGGCCUGGUCAGCAGCCCCUCCGUGCGGUCCGUGCAAUCCGGAACGAGCACGCCCGUCAUGGUCUACAAGGGCUAUCCCCAGGUGAGGCAAGGCUCUCCGAUACCCCAAGUCCUCCCGACGGCUGCGCAUGAAAGGAUCACCGUGUCGACACGGACCUAUCCCGCAGUGGCCGCGCCAGUGACGACGACGCAAACCUACUGCGUUGCGAGCCCUCCGAUGGUGGCUCCGAUAACGGCGGCUGUUCCCAUGGUCUCCGGAGGCAUCGUUCCGACGGGCAGCCGAAGCAACUCGCCCUCGCGGCGCAUGGGUGAUCAUGCAGAAGUGAGCUGUGGAAAGGCGCACUAUCACGGCGAGCGUUCGCACAACGCCACUGUCUACCCUUGA